GUCAUCAUAACCAGGUGCGCAUUUGCCGACGAACGCAAUGUUUUAGUUUCCAGUGAGCCAUAUACGCACAAACUAUGCUGGGUUAUCUAACGUCGGCGAAUUUGCUGGCUCCAGCAGGCCUAGACCUGACAAUAGGGGCACUUCGAGGAGAGUAUCCUAUCAACCGACCAUGAUGGACGACUUUGCCGAUUUUUCCACCGCGGGCUCCAGUAGAACUUGGCAAGACAACAGGGAGACUUCGAGGACUAAAUCCUACCUACAGACCGUGACGAACAACCCUGCCGAGUCUUCAGCGGGCCCCAGAACCUCUCGGCCAGACCACAUCUUCUUCAUCUCAGCGACUGGUUACUCCUACCGCACCGCGAUGAACAUCCCUGCUACGUUCCAUCAGCAGGCUCCAGCAGGCCUCAGCCAAACAACAAGGAGAUCUGGAGGAACGAAUACGACGCUGCCAACGGUGCCCAUUUCAGCAUCAAACAGAGAGUAAUGAAUGUAGACAAGAGGAAGCAUUGUCAUCCAUUACUCGUCCCGGUCGAGGUGGAAAACGAAAGGUUGCGCCGCGGUGGAGAGAGCUUCUCCAU